AUGUUGCUGCCUCGGUGGGACGAAGUUCGCCGUGCCCUCACCGCCUACCACUUCUUUAACUCAAUUUUGGCGCUAGCGUUCCCAGUUAUACGUUCGACAUUCCUGUGCGAUUACGUAUUUGCUGUAGAAGGCAGUGAACGUUGUGAAAUCGACUCGGUGAGUAUUUUCCAAAAAUAAACUUACUUUUGUUUCAAUGUUUACAGCGAGAGCGGGAAAUUCUGAUGUUCCUGCUCAUUAUUUUGAUGUGGAAAGGAAGAAAAGCAACUAAUUGGAUGCACUACGUCGGGAACAUCUUUCUAUUCUCAAAAGUGAGUGUUUGAAUCGCCUAUUAUAUUAAAGUAAUAGUUUUUCAGAUCGCUGGAAUGUUCCUGUUCAUUCGUGCUGAUAUUCUGGCCGGAACCAUCUACGUUCUGUUCUCUCUCAGUGAGUUUUCAGUAAAAAUUAUUGUACAAUUCAAUUUUUUGUAGUAAUCACUGUUCUCUUCCCUGAACCUGUCUACAAUGGUCCAGAGCAAGUGACGUACUUCCAAGGAGAGCAACUUUAUGAGGAGCUUACUAAAAACCGAAAUACUGUCUGGGUAAUCCAGUUCAUCACGACAUGGAGUCCAGAGUGCAAGCACAACACUCCAGUCUUCGCAGAGCUCAGUGAAAAGUAGCGUACACGACAUCAACGUGGAUCCGCUGCGCGGACCGAGCUGAAGCGGCUUCGCCGCGAGUUAUUUUCUUCUAACCGUUCGAAAGUUCACGUGUUCAUUUCUUAAUUUCUCGGUCACAACUAUUUCCGUUUUAGAAAUGAAAACGUGUCCGGACAAACCAAGAAAUAUAUAAAUCAUUUUUAAUUAAUAUAACUCAUUUCUAAAACAAAAAAUUGUGGCGGAGAAAUUGAGAAAUUAACACGUGAACUUCCUAACGGUUAUAAAAAAGAAAGCGUUAGCUCGGCCCGCGCAGUGGGCCCCGGUUUCAAACGUCUUGUAAAUAAAUAAACAACCAAAGGGACAGACUUUAUUAGACUUGUAUCAAUAAGAAUGAUUUUUUCUGUGCGUGAUAAUUUUCCUCUAGAUACACCCUUCCAAAUAUGAAGUUCGGCAAAUUGGACAUCGGACGUUGGUCUAAAGAAGGCGAUAGAUUCCGUGUGAACGCUCAUCCUAUGUCUCGACAGCUGCCGACUAUUUGUGUGUUCAAGUAUGUGUCAGAUAUAUUCUGUAUACGAAAAUUUGACAAUUCAUAGAGACGCAAAGGAAAUCGCCCGCCGUCCGCUAGUCAACGAGAAUCACCGCGCAGUCCCGUUUGUUUUCAGCGAGGUUAUUACUUUUCGGCAAACUUCCGGGUAAAUAAAGUUUUUUUCAGGAAAAUUGUAUUCUCGCUUUCGACCUGAUCAACUUGCAUAAUGAGCAAAAACAGAAAAAAAGUGGCAAGGCGAAGAAGGACGAUUAG